UGUAACUAAAUAAAACAGAUUGGGAGAGAGGAUGGAUUUAUCAUCUCAAGCAUACGAUCUCACUCAGUUUUGUUUUCCUGCAGUGAACAACUCUUGUCUUAAAGGCACGCAUCAUGUUUCCGCUCAGACUGUGGUGUAUCUUCUAUUGGUGUCUGCGAUGAUUGUGACCAUUCUAGGAAAUUCGGUGGUCAUCAUCUCCAUCGCGCACUUCAAACAGCUCCAGACUCCCACUAACAUCCUGGUGAUGUCUCUGGCUCUAGCGGAUCUGCUGCUUGGACUGGUGGUCAUGCCUUUCAGUAUGAUCCGUUCUGUGGAUGGCUGCUGGUACUAUGGAGAUGCCUUCUGUUUGCUGCACACAAGUUUUGACCUGUUUCUCACAUCAGUGUCUAUUUUUCAUCUAAUUUUUAUUGCAAUUGAUCGGCAUCAAGCUGUUUGUUAUCCGCUUCAGUAUCCUACAAGAAUAACCAUACCUGUCGCAUGGGUCAUGGUGAUGAUAAGUUGGAGCAUGGCUGCGUUAUAUUCUUAUGGCUUAGUGUACUCAAAAGCAAACGUGGAAGGACUGGAAGAAUACAGCGAUUCAAUAUACUGUAUGGGAAGUUGUACUUUGCUUUUCAAUGAAUUGUGGUCAGUUUUAGACACAUUACUAACUUUUUUCUUGCCUUGUUCUGUCAUGAUUGGACUGUAUGCAAGAAUAUUUGUAGUUGCAAAAAAGCACGUUAGAACAAUCGGUGAGGCAAACCAGCAUGAAACUGAGAAUAUGUUUAAAAGCUCUCGACGAUCUGAACGCAAAGCAGCAAAAACUCUCGGUGUGGUCGUGGGUGCUUUUAUUAUUUGCUGGUUGCCAUUUUUUAUUAACUCUUUGAUGGAUCCCUAUAUCAACUUUUCCACUCCUUUUGUUCUCUUUGACUCAUUUGGCUGGUUAGGCUACAUUAACUCAACCAUAAACCCCAUCAUAUAUGGUCUUUUCUACCCAUGGUUUAGAAAAUCUCUUUCUCUCAUUAUAACAAUGAGAAUAUUUAAACCAAACUCAUCUGAUAUCAAGGUCUUCACCGCUUGA